AUGAUACCUUUUCGAAUAUUUUCAUUGAGGAAUAUCCAUUCGUCAGAUCCCUUUCAAAAUUAUCUGAAGCCUGGCAAGGUUAUUCUAAGCGUACACUUUAGGAUUAAUCUAGCAUUUAAAUGCGAUUUACUUGAAUUCAAUGAAUGUGAAGAAGACGAAUAUCGAUGUGAUAAUGGAAUGUGUAUUCCUGAAGAUUUUUGGCUUGAUGGAGUUUUAGAUCCUUUUAAUAUUACGGAUGGCUAUAAAUAUCCGAUUGAAUCAGACUGUAUGGAUUGGACAGAUGAAAGAUAUGGAUUACAUACAGGAUAUUGGUGUCCGACAAAUCCACGAAAUAUAGAAUGUGAUGAGCAUAUGACACCAAUUCGUUAUUGGUCAUGUGGAGAUGGUCAGUUUAUCUCAUGGAGCGAUCGCAUGGUAUUGCAACAUGUCUUGCCUCCAUAUGAAACAAGUUAUAACGGAAGAAAUCUAUAUUAUUUUUGUGAAUUGCUCAAACUUCUCGAGCGUUAUCGGAUAAACGGACGACCGGACGGACGGACACACAGACCGAUUUUAGUAGUGUACUCACUUUUUGGGUAUACAAAAAACUAUAGAUAUAUUGCAUAUUCUUAG